ACGUGAGGGGGAGGAAGUGGGUGUGAGAACUUAUUUUCUCCCUCGCUGCGUUGUUUGCAGACGCACACAGACUGAGGCAGAGGAGUCCAACGCGUCCCAUCCAAACAGAACAACUCAAACUGAAACUGACCUGUCUGACCAGUCCAACCAUGGCGCUGCCGGUCCGGGCUCAAGCAGCCUUCGCGGUGCUCCGGCAGAUUGAGCCGAUCCUCGUGCUGGAGCAGCUGGGUAGCACCCUCUUCGACACCGCCCUGCAGAUGGUGGUCAGGGACCGGUGUGCCAACGCCACCUACCCCGACACCCACAGCUCCAGAGGGGACAGCGAGCAGAAAGCCAUGUCGGACUUCUACAUGGUCUACAACCUCAUCAUCCAGCUCACUCCCAUCCUUCCCGCGGUACUGCUGGCCAAGGUCGGCGACCGCGGCUGGAGGAGAGCCCCCAUCGUGGUGCCCCUGAGCGGGUACCUGCUGUCCAGGCUCGCCCUGCUCCUGGUGCUCGUCUUCCGGCUCCCGCUGCAGGUGAUGUUCGGCGCGGCGGUUCUCUUCGGGCUGUCCGGCGGCUUCUGCGCGUACUGGCCCGGCGUCAUGACGCUGGCGUCGCUCCGCUCCACGGCGACUGAGCGGUCCGAGGUGAUGAUGAGAGUGGAGUUGCUGUAUGGGAUAACAGGUCUGGUGGGCAGCCUGGUGUCGGGUCACCUGUUCCUGCUGUACAACUCCAAUUUGGAACAUGGGACCAUCCUGCUCAUUGUGAGCACGCUGCUGCACCUGCUCAGCCUCUUACACUCCAUAUUCGUGCUGCAGGUGAAACAAGUAGCCAACCAAGAGCCAGAUGAGGACUGCCACAUCCUUUCUAACGCCUCUGGUAAUGCUCCUGUGGAGGCUCCUGCUGGGAUAAACAUGGUGAACGUGACCCUGCUGUUUGCUGCUGCCAUCCUGUAUGGCUCUGCGGUGGGCGGAGCCAUGGAAAUACUGGGCCUGUUUGUGUUGAAAGAGCCACUCAGCUGGACUGCCACUCAGGUGGGUUAUGGGAACGCAGCAGGAUGCAUGAUUUUCCUCACCAGCUUCCUCGGUGUCAUUGUAUUUCGCCGCUGCGUCAGCGACGUGGUGCUCAUCCUGAUCGGCAUGCUGUCGUUUGCCUCAGGAAUUUACGUCAUGUCCUUCGUCACGGCCACCUACAUGUACUACCUCGCUCGCUCACUCAACCUGUUUGCACUCAUCCCGAUGCCCACCAUCAGAUCUCUGCUCUCACAGCAGGUUCCAGCAGCCUCAUGUGGCAUCACUCUCACCUCCCUGCAGUUGUCUAUGAAGUUUGCCGGGCUGGCGUACUUCCCUGCCUUCACUAAGAUCUAUCAGAGAACCCUAGACUGGUUCCCAGGCUUCGUCUUCACACUCUCCAGCAUCUUGACAGUACUGGGAAUGAUACCCAUCAGUAUCAUCGGCUGUAGGUCACCUCAGAGACGUCACUACGUGAGGAUUCAGGGAGACUGAUGGCACAGACAUGAUCACCGGCAGUGAAUUAGUGUUGGUAUGACCCAGACAGGAACUGAGACUUGAAAUGGGCAAAAGGAGAACAGCGCCUUUAAUCUCACUUCCUAUAAUGUUAAAGCUAGAGAUAUUUGAGGAGUUCCUGAAGGCUUUGGCUGUUACAGGAGGAACAGACCACAGGCUUUACAUUUACAUGGGCAUUUUAUAUUACAAAUAACAUAAAUUAUCUGAUAUAUUUUAAUGAGGCCUAGGCAGAUUGUACAUGCCAGAGGUAGUUACACAACCGAGUUUGACAAAAACUUUAAAACAGUCAAACUUUUGACAUCAGCCAGGGAAACUUGUCUGAACUGCUUCAAAACCAUGAAGCAACACACCCAGGGUGAUUUUUAACAUAAGACAUUUGUCACUGAAUGUGUCAGACAUUAAAUGCUAGUGAGCUCCACCAGGAGAGUGAACUAAAAAUGACUAACCUCACUUAUUUAAACAAAUUUCCUGUUGUUAAGUGACUUCAACUGAAUCAUAUUCAGUUUCAGCUAUAAAUAUCAACAUUUGAUAUAUCAAGACUACGCUGAUACAGAAAUAUGGAGUUUGACACAAGUCGGAAUUUACAGUACAUCUGCUUUUGGUUAGAUUAGAUUACAAUGGAAACAGAUGCACUUUAUGGCUUUUGGAGUGCAACAAAUGUUACUUGCUGACUUCUGAACCUGCAGGUCAGGAAAGGCUGACAAAGUAAAGGAACACUUUUUCAAAUGUUUUGAUUCAAAAAUCAAAAAUUUUGAAAUGUAUAUUGUUUUUUUAAUGUGACACUGUAUGUCCUGUCAUUCUGCUUUAUGGUACUGUUUGUGGAUCUGAAGGAAAGAAAAUGCAGCCUGCAUUAUUACUUCAAUUUUAUUCCAUUGUAUUAAUGUAUUAUUGCACUUUUAUUUGUUGACACUUAAAAAAAGCACGCACUCACACACGCACACGCACGCACACACACACACGCACGCACACGCACACACACACACACACACACACACACACACACACACACUCAUUGAUAGCAACAUCAAUGAGUUAUUACAGAUUAUUACACCUAAGGUACACUUUAUUUUGGGGUAAUGGGUACAACAAACAGUUUAAAAAAGAAAAGUCUAGGUUUUUUUAUAUAUAAACAUUUCUGAAGUAUGUUUUGAAGUUUUUGAUUUCAUUUAUAUGAAAGUAACUGAAUGUAAUGCAUUAUAAAAUUCACUUUAUGUAAAUAAAAGAUUUUACAUUUAAAA